AAAACCAGACCGGAAAUAUUAUCGCUGUAACAUCCGGUUGUUCACCGCCAGUACAAUGAGAUGCUAACGGCUCAUUACUGCUGUCAAUACUGUUUUAUCUAGUAAAAACUAAAGAAUAAUGUCUCUUUCUACUGCCCGGUCCUUCUUAUCGGAGGCUUGUUAUGGAGAACAAGAACUGGACGCUAAUUCUGCUCUCAUGGAGCUGGAUAAAGGGUUGAGGUCGGGGAAGCUGGGGGAGCAGUGUGAGGCUGUGGUGCUCUUCCCUAAACUCUUCCAGAAGUACCCUUUCCCCAUCCUCAUCAACUCUGCCUUCCUGAAGCUAGCAGACAUCUUCAGGCUGGGGAACAAUUUUCUGCACCUCUGUGUGCUGAAAGUGACUCAACAGAGCGAGAAACAUCUGGAAAAGAUCCUCAAUGUGGACGAAUUUGUGAAAAGGGUGUUUUCGGUCAUCCACAGCAACGACCCCGUGGCCAGAGCCAUCACUCUGAGGAUGCUUGGUAGUUUGGCCUCCAUCAUCCCAGACAGGAAGAAUGCCCACCACAGUAUUCGCCAAAGUCUGGACUCCCAUGACAACGUAGAAGUGGAGGCGGCCAUAUAUGCUGCUGCAAGCUUCUCUGCACAGUCAAAAGACUUUGCAGCGGGGAUUUGCAACAAAGUCAGUGAGAUGAUUCAAGCUUUAGACACUCCGGUGGAGCUGAAGCUGAAGCUGAUCCCCAUGCUGCAGCACAUGCAUCACGACGCCAGCUUGGCCUCCAGCAGCAGAGAGCUUCUGCAGCACCUGGUCAACUCGUACCCCUCCACCCCCAUGGUCAUUGUCACCCUGCACACCUUCACCCAGCUCGCUGCCUCCUCCCUCAUCGAUAUCCCAAAGCAGCUGCAGCUCCUCCUUCAAUACCUGAAAGACGACCCAAGGAGAGCUGUGAAGAGACUCGCGAUUAAUGACCUGAAGCUGCUGGCUAAAAAGGCUCCUCACCUUUGGAUCAGAGAAAACACUCAGACGCUGUGUGAAUGUGCCUUGACCAGCCCUUACAACAGCCUGAAGCUGGGGAUGUUGGCUGUCCUCUCCACCCUCUCUGGAACUAUUGCAAUCAAGCAGUACUUUAAUAAUAUGACAGGUGGCUCUUCGGUUCCCCCCCGACUCACUGACCUGGUUAAACUGGCACAAGAAUGCUGUUACCAUAGCAACCUGGCCGUGGCCGCUCACGGGGUCAUAGUGCUCUCAAACAUCGCCAUCUCCUGUCCAGAAAAAGAUAUCGUACAGCUGGAGCAGGACACAGUUUUGGGAGUGGAGUCCCUUCUGAUGCUUUGCAGUCAAGACAGCAGCUCCAGCUCUCAGGCCACACUCAAAACGGCUCUCACCUCACUGGUCAAACUGCUGAAAAGUCGACCUCAUCUCAGCCAGUCGGCGGUGGACUUCCUGCUCGGCCAGCUCCACUUAUCCUGCGACUCCUCUCGCGUUCUCAUGUGCCACGCUCUGGCAGCCAUCGCCACCCACCUGCCGGUGCUGGGCGAUGGUAUGCUGGGAGAUCUGGUGGACCUCUACCGAGUGGCCAGUCACUCCUCCACUGACAAGCAGCAGGAGCUUCUGGUUUCCUUGGCAACAGUGAUUUUUGUUGCUAGCCAAUCGUCUCUGUCAGCCGAAGUGAAGACUGUCAUCAAACAGCAGCUGGAGAAUGUGGCUAACGGCUGGACGGUGUACCGCAUCGCAAGACAAGCCUCACGCAUGGGAUGCCACGAGUUCUCCAGCGAGCUGUACCAGAGUAUGCGGACCCGCGUGGCGUCGGAGCACUUCUACUUCUGGCUGAACAGCCUGAAGGAGUUUUCCCAGGCGGAGCAAUGCCUGAGUCACGUGGAGGACGGAGACUACAGCGGAGCCAUGAGCGCCAUCGCUGAGGCCCUGCGCUCCUACCAAAAGGGCAUCGCUUCCCUCACAGCUGCCAGCACUCCUCUGAGCCCGCUUACAUUCCAGUGUGAGUUCAUCAAGCUGCGGAUCGACACCCUGCAGGCCCUGUCGCAGCUCAUCUGUACCUGCAACAGCCUGAAAACCAGCCCCCCUCCGGCCAUCGCCACCACCAUCGCCCUCACCUCAGGCAAUGACCUGCAGCGGUGCGGCCGCAUCGCCAUGCAGAUGAAGGUGUGCAUGGAUGAGUUCAGAAGUCUCGCAGCUCGCUACGCCGAUCUACACCAGUCGUCGUUUGACGCCGAUUACGCCACCCUUCGCAAUGUGGAGCUACAACAACAGAGCUGUUUGCUCGUCUCCCACGUGAUCGAGGCGCUGAUACUGGACCCACAGGCAGCCAGUUUUCAGGACUAUGGCACCCUGGGGUCGGUCCAGACAGAGAGCGAAUAUGAGCGACGGAUGAUGUCGGUCUUCAGCCGUGUGUUGGAGGAAGUGGAGGGCCUCACCAAGAAACACCCUCCUGUUUCACACCUGCAUACAGGUUGUCUCUGUGAUGCCGUCAUAGCUUUGCUCAAGGUCCCGCUGUCUCUCCAGAGGUAUUUCUUCCAAAAGCUCCAGUCAACAAGCAUCAAGCUCGCCCUCUCUCCUUCUCCACGAACGCCGAGCGAACCGAUCCCAGUGCAGAGCAGCCAGCAGCUGACUCUGAAGGUGGAGGGGGUGGUGCAGCACGGUUCCACGCCAGGACUCUUCAGAAAAAUCCAAUCCGUCUGUCUCAACGUCACUUCAGUCCUACAAAGCAAGACAGGACCUGAGUACAAGAUUCCACUCGACACUAAAACUAACGAGAUCGAGCAGCGGGUAGAACCCCACAACGACUACUUCAGCACCCAGUUCUUGCUGAACUUCUCCGUCUUGGGCACCCACACCGUCACCGUGGAGGCCUCCGUGGUGGACGAGAGCGGCAUCGAGUGGAAGACCGGGCCCAAGACGACGGUGUCGGUCAAAUCCCUGGAGGACCCUUACUCCCAGCAGCUCCGCCAUCAGCUGCAGCAGAGCGCAGCUCAGCCGGCUCCACAGAGGAGUGCCUACGCUCGCUUCUAGCGGGACGUCCACUCUGUGCUUUUUAAAAACAGCUUGAGCUUGUGACCUGUUUUGUCUUGUAGAAACUGAAUAUGUACAUAUUUUUUUCAAUGAUUAAAAGACCAGAAUCAAUUUUAAUGCUGCA